AGCUCCAGUUGUAGCGGCAAUGAAAGGAGAGCGUGCUACUUCCAAGUUGAGCAAGUUAUUGUAAAGGGACAAUUAACUGCAGUAUACGGUAUUCUAAGUACUGAUAUCACCAUCCGAAGUGAUUUUUAAGCAUCCACCGGGAAGAUGUCUUUGGUUUGUGCAAUCUCCAACGAGGUACCAGAACACCCGUGUGUCUCUCCGGUGUCAAACCAGGUGUUUGAGCGCCGGCUGAUCGAGAAGUAUAUUGCAGAGAAUGGGACGGACCCGAUGAAUGGGCAACCCCUGUCUGAGGAGCAACUUGUAGAUAUCAAAGUUUCCCACCCUAUUAGACCAAAGGCACCUUCGGCUACAAGCAUUCCUGCCAUACUAAAGUCCCUCCAAGAUGAGUGGGAUGCUGUAAUGCUUCACAGCUUCACCCUGAGACAGCAGCUGCAGACCACUCGCCAAGAACUCUCACACGCACUCUACCAACAUGAUGCUGCAUGCAGAGUCAUCGCUCGACUCACCAAAGAGGUCACUGCGGCCAGAGAAGCCCUCGCCACACUCAAACCUCAGGCUGGGUUGAUUGCACCCCAGGCUGCCCCUGCCUCUCAGCCGGCCGCAGUGGGUGCCGCUGGGGAGGCUAUGGAGAUUAGUGAACAAGUGGGCAUGACUCCAGAGAUCAUCCAGAAACUUCAAGACAAAGCCACAAUUCUCACCACAGAGAGAAAGAAGAGAGGAAAAACUGUUCCAGAGGAGCUGGUUAGAGCUGAGGAUCUUGGCAAGUACCGCCAAGUGGCCUCUCAUGCUGGUCUUCAUAGUGCCAGCGUGCCAGGUAUCCUUGCUCUGGAUCUGUGUCCCUCAGACACUAACAAAGUGCUCACAGGUGGUGCUGAUAAGAACGUGGUUGUAUUCGACAAGAACGAGGAGCAGAUUGUUGCAACACUGAAGGGUCACACCAAGAAGGUCACCUCCGUCAUCUACCAUCCAUCCCAGUCUGUGGUUUUCUCUGCUUCUCCUGACACCACCAUCCGUGUGUGGUCAGUCACCGGGGGCAACUGUGUCCAGGUGGUGCGUGCCCAUGAGGCAGGCGUCACUGGACUCUCCCUACAUGCCACUGGGGACUACCUUCUCAGCUCCUCUGAGGAUCAGUACUGGGCCUUCUCUGACAUCCAGACUGGCAGAGUCCUCACUAAAGUCACUGAUGAAAGUGCAGGCUGUGCCCUCACCUGUGCUCAGUUUCACCCUGAUGGUCUCAUCUUUGGUACUGGAACUGCUGACUCCCAGAUCAAGAUCUGGGACCUGAAGGAGCGCACCAAUGUGGCCAACUUCCCAGGCCACUCCGGGCCUGUCACCUCCAUCGCUUUCUCUGAGAAUGGAUACUAUCUGGCUACAGGUGCACAGGAUAGUUCUCUGAAACUUUGGGAUCUGCGGAAACUGAAGAACUUCAAAACAAUCACACUCGACAACAACUAUGAGGUGAAGUCCCUCGUGUUUGACCAGAGUGGAACCUACCUGGCUGUCGGAGGGUCCGACAUCCGCGUCUACAUCUGCAAACAGUGGUCUGAGGUCCUCAAUUUCACAGACCACACAGGUUUGGUGACCGGAGUGUCCUUUGGUGAGAACGCUCGCUUCCUGACCUCUGCUGGAAUGGACCGAAGUCUGAAGUUUUACAGCUUGUAGAAAAGCAUCAUUUGAUAACAACACAAGGAAGGUGGUAGACCAGCCAGAGGUUGCGGAUACAAAUUUGGCAUAGUCGUAUAAUUUUUAGGUAAAGGAAAAUCACUGCUAACUGUACUUCUUUAGUGUGUUAGUCCUCAUGUGCAUGCAUGAAUGCCAUCAACUAUCUAUUUGAAAUCUCAGCAGCUUAAUUCAUUUUUUUUAAGUGUCAGUUUAAAUAAUGUGAUAUCACACACACACACACACACACACACAAAAGCAGCUUCAUGUGUUUUAUUUUUCUAGCAUCCCUGAUUAUGCAGUUGUAUUUUCUAAUUGUUUGUGUGUUUCAGUGACAGUUACUGCUAUAAAAUAAAAUCCUUUGCUCUUAAUUUAGAGCCGUUUAUAUGGUUAGAUGAGAGUUUAUCUGUAGUAACACAAUACAGAAGCCAGAGAUCAAACAGGUGUAUGUAAUGGUCUCUCCUCCCAUUUCAUUUCCUUUAUCCAUCCUUGCAUUGGGAAUUUUGUUCAUUUUUGUUGAUUGACAUCAAACCAAUUGUGUAUUUCUCACAAUGUGCUAUUUUACCUGUUGAAACUGCUUUUACAAUAAAAUAUCUUUUGUAUGCCAU